AACGAAAUGAUGUCCUCAUCAUUCGCCCCAAGCCUCACCCGCCGCGACACCAAAUCCAGCAUCAGCCAUGAAAGCAGCAGCGGCGUCGGGCUGGGUCACAGCAGCAGCGCCGGACCGCUCCCGCCGCCCCUGACCAGCAACAACGGCUCGUACGGUCCGCAGAGCGCAGCGGCGGUCUACCAGCACGUCCACGACAUGGCGGCGAAGCGGAUCUCGACGCUGGGCUACCUCCGCAAAGCGCACGAAGGGCGCAUCUACUGGUUCAACACGGUGAAUUUCUCGCGCGCAGACAUCAGCCGGAUGCCGUACUUUGAGGCGCGCAAACUGGCCCGGCGCGCCAUCAAUUUCCUGCUGCUGGGCCUUUCCCUACCGCCCAUCCUAGACGUCAGCACCACGCCCGUCGAAUUCCUGCGCGCCCUGAACGCCCUCCUCCUCGAGUUCGAAGCCUUCCAGCAGGUCCACUCCCCCGAAGGACCGGCCUCCUCCACCGCCUCCGCCCUCGCCCGCGCCCGCAUCCCGCAGAUGUUCAAGCGCGCCGCCCACGCCGGCACCUACUCCUCCAAAGCCCGCCGCGCCAGCUCCGCCACAGAGAUCGGCCUCCCCAUGCAGUCAAGCGACCCCUCCGACCUGAAGGCCAUGGCCGCAGGCUCGAUGUCUUCCUCCUCGUCCGCAGCAGCAGCAGCCGCCGCCUCAGCCGCCGCCUCGUCCGCUUCGAUGGGCUUCCCGCACACCGAGGCCUCCGAGCUCCUCCCCGGCGAGGAAUACACGUACCUCCUGACGCCCCUGCUCCCCUUCGAACCAGACUACUUCGAGACCUUCGUCACGCUCUGCGAUGUUCUGAUCGACUGCUACACCCGCCUGGUCUCGCUCGUCUACACCCCCAGCAUCUGCACCGUCGCCUUGGGCGAGAUGUUCUCCAAGGCUGACGCCAAAAUCCGCAAGAUCAUGGUCGCGGGCAUUAUUCGCGAGUUCGAAGACUCGAGUCGUCUGCAGGCGAAGAAUGAAAUUGCGGGCGUUAGUCGCGUCGUGCUUGGCGGGUUGAUGGGAUAG